CCCGGAAGUGCAUUUCCAGUAGUAAACACACAGCUGUGGUAGCUGUGUUGUUACUUUCAGAAAGAUGGUGUACGUGUCCAACGGUCAGGUCCUGGACAGCAGGUUCCAGUCACCAUGGAGACUGUCCUUACUGGUCGAUCUGUUCUGGGGAGCAGUGGAGUUCAUCGGCCUGUUUUUUAAGACAUUGAUUCACCCUGACAUGACAAAAGAUGGAAACUCUGCCACGUCACGCUUCACUGAUAACAGAGGUCCCCCAGGUCCCCCUGGUGGCAGAAGACAGAUUGGAAGAAUAAACCACGGUGCAGGUCCCACCCCUCCACCAAUGGGUGGAGGAGGAUGAGGAAGGUGA